AGGGUGAAAAAAGCCAAGUCAAAGGUCGCGGCUCGGGAGUGGAGUCCUGUCAGGACUCAGGAGUGAAGCCGCAAGCAAGCAAGCCAGCCAGCCGGCAUUUGCUAACUGCUGAGCGUUGAAAAGAAGCAGCAUUAAAUUGAUGCUCGCAAAUUCUGGUUUUUUUUUAGGGGAUUGGGUUUCUGCUCCUCCCACAUUUGUCUCCUUCCCCAUUUAAAUUCCACUUCACAUCCUUCCUUUCUCCCCUCCUACUCUAUCCUCCACCGCCUACGAAUGCUAAUCGCCAAGCCCUAGCACAGCUUCCCCAUCUCAAGCCUUGCCCCCCCCUCUUUUCCGCUCUAAUGGGUAAUAAGUUCAUUUGCAUGAUGAAGAAGGACGGCAGAGACGGCAACGGAUCCAAGAGCAAGAGGAUGUCUGACCGAUCGCAGCGCAAACUGCGCGCAGAAGAGGAGUUGCUUCACAGGCAAGCUCUUUCCAUGGCGAUUCAGCAGCACCAGUUGUCUCAGAGGUUUGAGGGCUCAAUGUCUCGCCGCAUCGGAGGCUCCACCAGUUCUCGCCGCCGCAAACUCUCCGAUCCCUUCUCUAACGGCAAACAACAGCUACCAGAAUUUUUGGAUAGUCUAAAAGCGAAGAGAUUUGUUUUAGUACAUGGAGAGGGCUUUGGAGCAUGGUGCUGGUACAGAACUAUUGCUCUGAUGGAAGAAUCAGGAUUAAUUCCAACUGCCUUAGAUCUCACUGGAUCUGGUAUUGAUCUGACGGAUACAAACAAUGUCACUACACUUGUGGAUUACUCAAAACCAUUAAUAAAAUUUUUGGAGGAUCUGCCAGAGGAUGAAAAGGUUAUCUUGGUUGGGCACAGUAGUGGAGGUGCAUGCAUUUCAUAUGCUUUGGAACAUUUCACAAGUAAAAUCUCAAAAGCAGUUUUCCUCUGUGCUACAAUGGUGUCUGAUGGGCAAAGGCCGUUUGAUGUUUUCGCUGAAGAGCUUGGCUCUGCUGAACUGUUCAUGCAGGAUUCAAAGUUCAUAAUUCAUGGGAAUGGCAAAGACAACCCUCCUACUGGCUUCAUGUUUGAGAAACAGCAAUUGAAAGGGUUAUAUUUCAACCAGUCCCUUGGAAAGGAUAUUGCUUUGGCCAUGUUGUCCAUGAGACCGAUCCCUCUGGGUCCGAUGAUGGAGAAAUUGUCACUAUCGCCAGAAAAAUAUGGAUCCGCUCGUCGAUUCUUCAUUCAAACGCUGGAUGAUCAUGCCCUUUCACCUGAUGUUCAAGAAAAAAUGGUGAGAGAAAACCCGCCAGAAGGAGUCUUUAAGAUCAAAGGCAGUGACCAUUGCCCUUUCUUUUCGAAGCCACAGUCGCUGCACAAAAUUCUGCUUGAAAUUGCUCAAAUUCCGUAGCUAAUCAAAACUUCAUAAGUUUUCCAGUUUUUUGUUUUUUUGUUUUUUUUUUUCCAGAGAUAAAUUAAAUACCUAGAUUAAAUUGCUGUAAAAUGUUGAAGGCCAAUGCUUGUAGGAUAGCUAUAGGUGCUGCUAUAUUCCUUGUAGUUUGUUCUUUAAUUCCAAACGUGGUGAAUGCAACUGGUGAAUGGCAAAUGUAUUCCAUUUGUUGAAAAUAUCCUUUAAAAUUAAA